UUUAAAAAUGACCCAGAGGCACCUGGAGUUGACAGUCAGGGACAUGGAUUCUCUUCAGCAGAGGGUGUUACAGUUGAUAACGAGGUUUCGGAAAGGAUGGUGCCAGUUACCCGAGCGUGAGAGAACCACCGUAUGUGGUGCAGAUAACAUGCUGAUGGUUUUGCAGCUUGCUAUGGCUGAGAUAAAUAAAGGGUCCUGUGGAGAAUUCAACGUAGCCUUGAGUGAACUGCUCCUGUCAUGGAAACAUUUACUUCUGGAGAAGCUGGAGUUGCUGAGUGAAUUUGAAGAGGUGCCAGAUGGAUACAACAAGGUCCAAAAAGCAUACCAGGCUUUUCUGAGCAGGAGUAACUCUGUGGACCUGAUAGAUGUGUACAAGAUUUGUGCCAAAUUAAAACCUGAAAGCGAUCCUGCGGCAAUAUUGUCUAAGGUGGAACUGUUGGAUUUCCUUCUGGGCACUUCGAAAAUAUUGGAAGAUUCCUUUUCUCCAAUUCCCACUUCUCCAGCCAAUGAGAAUCGUCAAGCCAUUUCUAAGUUGGCACCGGCCUUGAGGAAGCUCCUUUGUGAUUAUUUGAACUUGCUGGUGAACUCAAAGAGCGACCUUGCUCUGGCAUGUAUCUUCAAUAUCCCUGAGCGAGGCCUGGGAAGAGCUGCCUUCACUGACCUGAGGCACACUGCAUGCAGCAAGCAAACAUCACUGUAUCUGGCUGCAACAUCCUUUGUUAGAUGUUUGGAACUUGGAGGAAGAAGUUAUGCUCCUUCAGAUAAAGAUCCGCUGAUGCAGCACGUCAAUGGACUUCUAGACUUUGUGCAUUUCAUAGACAAGUUGCAAGAAAUAAUGGGAGAAACAUCAGACUCCAGUGUCGCAGGGUGUCAGAUCCUGUCCACCAUCAAAAGACGACUGUUGAAGGGUCGAAGCAGUGAGAGUCCAUUCUGUUUAGCUGCCGAGGAGGUCUCACAAGAACUAAUGGCGAGGAUUAAUAAUGUCGUCAACUCUCAGCACGAGUCCACGGAUCAAAUUACAAAUGACAUCAGUCCUGCGCGGCCCAAAGUUUAUGCUAUCAACCAUGCCACAGCAUAUGGUGGUAGGAGCACUGUGAAAGCUUUCAUAUCCCUACUUGAUGAAGAGGCAGCUAAACCUCCCAGCAAAGGCAAGGCUGAGCUGCUCUAUGGGGCUGAACAACAUGCAGACAUAAUUGGAAUACCAUGCAUGCUGACCCUGUUCAGAUCUCCACAGCAAUCAAGCGGCUUAUCUCCAAAACCCUUACGCCAUCGCAUUCAGAAAAAAAUUCAGGAAGAUAACCUCGCUAAGGUGAAGCACACUUUAAUCAAGUCACAGUUCUCUUGUACAUACAAAGUGGAUUCUGUAGCAAACUACAAAUCUCCCAAUUAUCACAGCCUCAGCCAGACUCCAACUUGUGUGCAACCUGGAUCAAAACCAGUUCUAACCAUCUUCUGUGAUGAUGCACCUACUGAAGGUGAAUCCAGCCAAACAUUAGCACCCCAACCCACAGGACAGCCGGAAGCCAAAAGCAAACAAGGACCAGGAGCAAUUCUCCCGACAGCUGGGAAUGAUGAAACUGGGAAUCGGAAAGGCAGCAGGAAGCUGGCAAAGCGGAAACGCAGGGAAUUGGACACCAAUCUGGACUAUGAGAAUGAACCACCUAAGUGUGCUGAUGUGACAACCAUCACACCCCAGAAGAAAGUGGGGAAGGCUUUAAAAGUUGUCAAAUCUAAGGCCAAGAAUAAGCUCAUUCCUGGGCAAAUGAAGCUGACAAAUUUCUUUAGGGUUUAAUUUUUUUUUUGUUUGUUUUAUUUUUUCAAAACUGGACAAGAUGUAUGUUUCAAAUGUUAAAUCCAUUGAUUAUA